GACGCGAGCACGAUGCCCUGGGCGCGCUCCCGCCCGGCGGCGUCGCUGCCAUGGUGACGGGCCUGAGGUGAAUGGACGCGGCGGAGACCAGGAAAUAAUGGAUGAAGACAAACUGCUUGAAGAAGCCAUUUUGGCUGAAUUAAGCAAUAUUUGGAUUUCCCCAGAAGAAAUAGAAGAAUCCGAGGAAGAGGAUUUGGAAGAAGAUAUACACAUUGAAUCAGAUUCUGAAGUAGAUGACUUACCCACAUCUGUCAUUUGCUACUUGGAACAAAUGAAACAAAGAGAUGGAGCUCUGGAAAAACUGAUCCUCCAGGAUUUAGAGCAACCCAAGUAUGCUGAUAAUCCUGUUCAGAAUUGUCCUGGAUCAGAAUUGUUGAUAGAGUUGGCUUCUGAAUUUGGUGAGGACCAUUUGAACCUGAAGGAGAAGGUGUUAGCCCAAAUAGAGAAGGAAGAACAAAGAAAAGUUACUGAACCCGAACAGAACACCAUCUCUGAUUUUCAAAUCAAGGUAGCUGAUCUGUCUCUAGAGGAUGAGAGAGUUUCAGAUAACGAAGAUGAUAUAACGUCCAAAUGCAAAGAAGUGGAGGAACAAUGCUGGCUGACACUGCAGAAAUGGGAGCUUGAAGAAAAUAGAAUACAAAAAAACAAACUGGCAGAGCUAAAGGCACACAGGGAAAAAGAGCAGAAACAAGUAGAGGAGGAAGAGGAAAGAUCCAAAAGUAGACAACAACAAUUUGAAGAAAAACUAGAGAAACUGACAGAAGAAAGGCAGCAACAGCAAGCUGAACUGGAAAAGAAAAUCAAACAGGACCAGGAGGCCUUAGACAAGGAGUUGAAGCGUCACGAGGCACUAAUGCAAUCAAUGGUCGAAGAGCGAAGAAUCUUUGAAGAGCAACAGGAAAAGGAGAGGAAACGAGUGAAAGAGCUGCAAUACAGAGCAGCAACAAUGAUUCAAGCAAGAUUUCGGGCAUAUUUAAUACUUAAAGAGUACACACCUAUAUUGAAGGAGAAGCGGGAUGAAAGAAAAAGAAAAAAAGAUCUACAGCUAAAGAUGGCACAAGAAAGGAGAGAUUUCGAAGAGAAAAUUAAAAGGAAACGAGAAGAACAAAAGUGCAUUGAGGAGGAAGAAAGAAGAAAGCAUGAAGAAAAUGCAUGGCUGCAAAGGGAAGAACAGAAACAAAGGCAGAUUGAGUACGAACAGAAAAAGGAACAGGCACGACUAAGGUUAGAAAAGGAGCGACUAAUGGAAGUGGAACGGCUACAGAAACUACAGGAAGAGGAGAAAAAAAAAGAACUGCAAAUAAAGGAAGAACAAAGAGAGGCAGAAGAAAGAAAGUUGCUCAAAGGAAAAAAGAACGAAGAGGGCAUGGAACAUAUGGGGAGAAAAAUUGAUUUGAAGUUAAUUGAAGUUAAUGAACAUUUCAGCAAGAAGGAGAAACUCAAAGACAGUGAUAAUAGUUCAGAUGCAUAUAUUCCUAUAAAUGAAAAUAUGUCUUUGCCUCAUAAUAUACUGGACAGUUCCCUCACAAACCUCAGUAAAAUUGAUCGUCAGUGUACCGUUGGAAGUGUUACAGAUGUAAAAGUGGAAAAGGAACUUCCAGCUGAAGAAAUAGUGGAAGUUAAAGCAGAGAAUACACUUACCAUUGAAUCCAAUAUCACAAUACCCCAAAGUGACGUAUUGCAAGUAGUUAUCUCUUGUGCAGUUGCAGACACGUUCCCUGGCAAGCUGCCAGUUGAUGAUCAAUCUGUAUUAAAUGCUGAUGAUGGUAAGCAACAAAAUGAAGCCCAGAUUGAUGCUUACACAGUAAAUGAAAACAUGGACCUUGGCUUUGAGAAAAUCUUUACCAGGGGGGCUGUUCUUCCUGACCACAUUGAACAAAAGAGAUUAAAUUGGAUGAAAGCAUGCAAUCCCUGGUCCAGAAUUUUCAGAGAAAAUGAGAGAAAAAAAGUGAAGCAACAGCUGAGACUUCGAAGUAAUCCUGUCAGCUGUCUGCCUGCUUUGAGUCCUGAAACAAUACUGCACUCGGGUGUUUGGACCUCACUUCAGCAGGUUACAACCGUUACCCUUCAAGGUUUGCCAGGCUGCAGCCUGUCCACAUUCUCACAGUGUCCAAUUAUAAAGUCACUAACCCUCCGAAACUGUGGAUUACAGACAUUGGAAGGGAUCAAUAAUUGCAAACGUUUAAAGUACAUUGAUGUACAGGAAAAUAACAUCAAAAAUAUCCACUGCCUUGAAUUAGAUGAUCUCUGCAUUCUUCUGCUCAGUCAUAAUCAGAUCACUUCUAUUCAUGGCCUGGAAAAAUGUAGCAACCUACGGAUCCUUGAAUUAUCACACAAUAACAUCACUCGCAUAGGUGGUCUGGAAUCUCUGAAGAAACUCCAGAGACUGGUAGUAGAUCAUAACCAGUUGAUAAGCACCAAAGGUUUAAGUGAAACUCCUACCCUUCUUUACCUGAAUUGUUCCUUUAACCAUCUCAGCAGCAUUGAGGGUAUUGAUAACUGUGGACUUCUUCAGACUUUGAAGUUACAAAACAACAACCUUUCUGAGUUACCCAGAUUUGGAAAUCACGUGUUACUGCGUGACUUGCAUUUGGAUGACAAUAGUAUCUCCACUCUUAAAGAGCUGUCUGAUUACUGGCUGCCAAUGCUUCAACAUCUCUCUGUUUCUCGGAACAGUCUGACACGCCUUACAAACAUGUCUGACUUUCUGUUGUUGGAAACAUUCAAUGUUGGCAAUAAUCGCUUAUCAGACCUCAAUAGCUUACUUUUAUGUCUUAAUGGAUGUCAUAGCCUCCUGGAGUUGAUAUUGGAUGAGAACCCAUUUCAGCAAGAGUCAGAUUGGAGAUGUUCAAUCCUAAAAGUACUGCCAAACUUGGAGGUGGUGGAUGGUGACAGGAUUAGUUCCACUGAUGAAGCCUAUGCAAGGAGGUUUAACAACCCUUCAGUAGGGAGUUUCCUGGCUCUAUGUCAAACCCAGCUUCAGGACUUUGAGUUAUUACACAGGAGACAUAAAGCUGAAAUGGAGUCAAAUUCUUUGGAGAUUGCCGAUACACAUUCUCGUCACUGUGAAGAACUGAUGCAGCUGGCUGAAGAAUGUAGAUAUGCUCAUGAAUAUGGAGAGUUAUCUACUACGCAAGGGAAGAAGCACCCUACUGGUCUUGAUGAAGAAGAAUUCCAUGUUGUAAAGCAACACAAAAAGCUGACCAUCAAUAGUGCAGAAGUAACUGGCCAGAACUCUGAUCACAUAGUUGAUUCUGACCAGGUUCAGGCUCCUGUUAUUGAUGGAAACAGAAAGCAAAGUGAUUAUCCACACACAUCUUACCAAGAUGCCAAGGAUUGUGACCCCAGACCUCUUGCAAACCUGGAAGGAACUGCUAUUCCUCUGCAGGAUUUCAGAAUAAAGAAAGCUCGAAUAAAUUCUGAAUCCAUUAGAAUGACAUCUGAAUUACAGAAUAAAGAAAGUUUAAAGGGGAGACGUCCACAACAACAUUCAGAGGCGAACAUUAAAAACUAUGCGGCCACUAUCUUGCAAUCCCACUGGCGGGGUUACAUCAUUCGUAGAGAUAUUCUUGAAUACAUGGUAUUUCAUAAUGCAGCUUCAGUGAUUCAGAAUGCAUGGAGAGAUUACUGCAACAGAAAGAAAGUUGCCUUCGGGUACUCUGCUGGCAAUCCACCAAAGAAAUUGAAGUUAUUUGAUGACAGUGAAGAGGGUAGAAAAAGAGCAGUUGUUGUCAUCCAGGCACAUUGGCGAGGUUGCCUCUUACGGAAGAAGUUGUCUCAUGCUUUAGCAGCGGUUCAUGCUGAGGAAGACGAUGUCUUUGCGGAAGUUAAUUUGAAUGAAUUUGUAUUUGAUGAGGCCACCUUGGAUGAAGAUUGGACAAGACUAGAUUGUCAGAUUUCUGCCCAAACUCUCCCACUCACAAAUUCUGACCUGCAACCAAAGGCUCUUACUCAUUAUGCUCCUGAUUCAUUUGCCUUAUCAAGGCAACCUCAACUGGCAUGGCAAGAAGGUGAUAUCAAUACUGUUGAAAAAUAUCAAUAUCCAUCCUCUGUUCAACUGUGUUCGCCCAGCAGAACAGUGUCAGCAUUCUCUGAAACUACAUCAUGUGGUAAACAAAGCUUCAUGUCCGAGAAAGAAGAAAAAAUCUCUUUGGAAUGGGGCUUUAAGGAUGUUCACACUGCACAGCUAAUGCUUAAACGAGCUCAAAAAAUGAAGUCCAAGAAAGCAGAGGCGAGAAAACUGCAGGACCCGGUAGCUCGAUUGGCUUUGUUCAAGAAUAAGAAAAAUAAAUAUAUUCCCAUAAAAUCAUCAAAGAUGAUGCACAAUGGAGUGAAAUAUUUUAAUGUGCCUGAAGAACCAAGUCACCAAGACACGACCUCAGUAAAGACACUACAAACAAGCAGGGAACUAACCUAUCAAUGGCUCCACACACAGAUUGCCAACCGCGAAGAAACAAGUUCCAGAAAUAAGAAACAACAUCAUUUCCUGCCAGAGAUGGACCCAGAAGUAUUGAAUGGGGGCCGUGUUCAACUGAUGGCAAGUCCUAUUGGCAGAGAAGGCUCCGACUUAGAUUUGGUCUCUGUAACUAGUGGUAAUACUAUAAGCCAACAAAGUGACAGAUUCAAGAUUAAUCGUUGGCAUUCGUCAGGAUCUACAAAAGCCACUGUGCCACCAAAGAGUGGCUCCCAACCUUUGAAGCAGGAACGCAUGUCCUUUCGCGAUAAUCAAAUGCGUCUCAGUACAGGUUGGGGAACUGGGAAGAAGAGAGGAAAACCAUCCUAAUCAUUACCUGUUUUCAUGGGAACUGUGUUAACAAGUAAACAAAUAUGUCUACUAUCAUUAAGGUUAUGCCACUAAAGAUUAAAAUAUUUAGCAUGUUUGGCUAGAAAUUUUGAUUAUAUUUGCAAAUGUGGGUCAUUUUACUUUAGUGAGAUUAGUUGUUUGACAGAGCUGUUGAACAAAAUAAUGACAAAUUCAUUAUGGAAAUACUGUUCAUUGUUAUGUUCUUUUAUUGUGAUACAUAUUGAUUUGUGGAAUUUUGUAGUCUCUACCAGUGAUUUUCACAAAAACAAUAAAACUAACAUAUUAACGCUUGUAAUUCUUAUGUCCAGCUAUAAUAACACACUCAAUAACCCAUUGCACCUAAUUCAUAUGAAAAAUAAUAUUUCAGAAUACAUUAAAAGAUUUCUGGAUAACAUGAA